AAUCACUGAUCUCAAACAACAGUGUAGCGCCCUGCAUACUUCCACCCUGUAGCCUACAGACUAGGAAGAUCCAGCGUUAACAUAGCUCUGGAGAAGAACGCUGCGUGCGCCGUCACGUCUUCCAAAGAUCAGUGACCACAAUAUAUUUUAUGACAAACACGAACACAAUACAUCUGGGUGUGUAGCUUGAACUGGGUUUAAUGAGGAAGGCGAGGAGAAUUUUCCUUCCAAGAGUGGAAAGAGUUGACUUGGAAAUUCUAGUGGCCGCUUUACGAGGUUCGAAAUGUCUACCCCGUGCUGUGUUUCUCAGAUGGCCUGCUGCUGCGGCUCGGCCGCCUGCUCCCUGUGCUGCGACUGCUGCCCCAAGAUCAGGCAGUCCACCAGCACGCGCUUCAUGUACGCCCUCUUCUUCCUGCUGACCACCGCCGUCUGCGUCAUCAUGAUGUCACCGACGGUGGAGAGGGCGAUGCGGGAUCACAUUCCGUUCUACACGGACAUGUGUGAUAAGCUCAAUGCUGGCGAGAACUGUGAGAAGCUGGUGGGGUACUCUGCGGUGUACAAGGUCUGCUUUGGCGCGGCCUGUUUCUUCUUCAUCUUUGCAGUCUUCACUUUAAGGGUGCGCACCAGCACGGGGUGCCGGGCAGCCGUCCAUAAUGGCUUCUGGCUCUUCAAAUUCCUGGCUUUGAUUGGAUGCUGUGCUGGCGGAUUCUUUCUUCCAGAUCAGGACAAAUUCCUUGAAGUGUGGCGCUAUGUGGGUGCAGCUGGAGGAUUUCUUUUCCUGCUUAUCCAGCUCAUGCUUUUAGUCGAUUUUGCACAUAGAUGGAACCAAAACUGGACUUCAGGCGUGGAGUACAACAAGCUGUGGUAUGCUGCGCUGGCCCUGGUCACCCUUGUGCUGCUCACUGUGGCUGUGGGAGCCCUGGCCUUCAUGGCCUACUUCUACACCCACCCAAAGGCCUGCAACCUCAAUAAGAUCUUCCUGGGGCUCAACGGCAGCCUGUGCCUGUUCACAUCCCUGCUGGCUAUCUCGCCCUGCAUCCAGAGAUUGAAGCCUACCUCUGGCCUGUUGCAGUCUGGAGUCAUCAGUGUGUACGUCAUGUACCUGACCUUCUCUGCACUCUCAAGCAAGCCUGUUGAAACACUGAUAGAAAAUGGCAUAAAUCGCACUGUCUGCACCUUCCCUUUUAACUCUGGCGCCCAGUCUGACAACAAGAUAGUAACGGGUGUCGGCACGGUCAUUCUGUUAGGCUGCGUGCUGUACUCCUGUUUGAUGUCCACAACUAGAACCAGCUCUGCUGCUCUGCAAGUGUUCAGGAGCACAUCUCCAGAGAACGAGAGAGCUCGUUGUUGUUUCUGCUUUGGGCAAGAUGAGGACGAAUGUGAAGAGCAGGAAGAGUUGAAGAGAGGGGGACAGGCUGUUAUUUACGAUGAGAAGGGAGGAACUAUUUAUAGCUACUCCUUUUUUCACUUCGUCUUCUUCCUGGGGUCACUGUAUGUCAUGAUGACGGUCACCAACUGGUUCCAUUACGAUAAUGCCAAGAUUGAGAAGCUACUGGAGGGUAGCUGGUCGGUGUUCUGGAUCAAGAUGAUUUCCUGUUGGGUGUGUCUCCUGCUAUACAUGUUGACCCUGGUGCUUCCAAUACUCUGUCCAAGGAGGUUUGAAGGAACAGAGGCCUAGAAGGGAUAGAGCAUCCCAAAGGUGCUUAUGAACGAUUUAGACUGCCUGUGCAUUUAAAACUCUUCUUUUUUUGUUUGUGUUGUUUUGUUUCUAAUCUCAUCUGCUGAAUAAGGGGGUCAUGUCCAUUCAUCUUAAGAGUGAUUUAGUCUUAACUGUCGGUGUCAAACUUAAAAAUAUCAUGGGCCACGGAGCUGUGAUUUAGCAUGCAUUCAAACACUUUAAAAUUAUGUUGCAGCUUUGGCUUUUUGUGCUAGUCUGAAAAUUAUAUAUACUGUAUAUAUGAAUGGUGGCAGUAUAGUGCAAUGGUUAGGGACCAAGACUUGUAACUUGUAACUCAAAGGUCGCACAUUUGAUUCCCAGGUGGGUCACUUGUACCCUCCAGCAAGGUACUUAACCUGUAUAGCUUCAGUACAUAUCCAGCUGUAUAAAUGUAAAAUUUAGGUUGUCUAAUUUGCUCUGGAUAAGAGUGUCUGCUCAAUGCCUUAAAUGUAAUGUGCUGUAUUACCAAAGCAGCAUGCUUGUGUAUUUAAUUUAGCAUAUUUGGGAAUUGCUUCAGCAUCCUUACUGCCUGCUAGCUGUAGCCUCUCAUGAAAUAUUUUUGUCAGUGUGGACGCAUCAUGAUAGCUUCUGUUUCCUCCCAGUAGUUAUAGUUUUGUAUCCAUGUUUUUUUUCCUUAAAAAAAAAAAAACAGUAUUAUUGGUAUAUAUUGGUUUUUUCAGGUAGUUAUGAAACAAAGCAUUGCUUUAAGUUUAAGGGGCUUUAGGGGUUGGACCAACACUCCCCCUUGCUCAUAUCAGCCUAUGCUUUAAAAUAAUGUACUACAUCAUUAUGCUUCAAUGGGACUAACACAGGAGGAGCUCAAAAACCACAUUUGUAGGUGUGUUUGUAGGUGUCCCACCUUCAGAAAUGGGACAAGAUGUUAUUUUCUUUAACGCAUGACUGAUGUUGUUGAUGAUCAUAUUCACUUGUUUCUGUUUUUAAUGUACCAUUGAUGUUCUGGAGUGGUUAUCAAACUAUGGUUUGUUACAAAGUACAGCAGAUGUUAAAAGCCACAAGCCUGCAGUCACCUGUCUGUUACAGUGUGUCUUUGUGUAUAAUAUUAUGCAAGUAUUAUUGUUAUAAGUACGGAAUUGUAUAAUAUUGUUCUAUGCAAUUUAACAAGCUAGUGUCCUACUCAAGCUUUGAUAGUUUACUUAUUUUGGGACAUUUUGAUCUCGUAUCAAUUGAAGUGUGCAAAUGUGUACUCUUUUUUAUAUCAAAUUGGACUGAUACAACUUGUGUUUCAGUUAAAAUAGAAUACUAAAUGAAAUGAUAUUUCUUAUUUCGUAAUUGCUGACAUCACUGUCGAUAAUAUCUUGUUAAACUUUCUCAUUUUUGUACUGAUCAUGUAAAGAGUAGGUGCCUUUUAUUUUUUAAUUAGUGUUUGUUUCCAGUUUCAUGUUUACUUUUAUUUGUUAAGGUGGUAGUUGAAGUAUAGGUUUUAAUUAUUUAAUGAACAAUCUCACUAUUAUAAACCAGAACAUUUAAGUGACAGUGAGAUCACUUGCCAAAGAUGGAAAAUAACAUUAGUGAGUUUGGAUAAGCAAUGCAUCGGCCACACUAAAUGAAGGAAAAUGGCCGCUUGACAUUUGCAUGCAUGUUCACUUGGCUGCCUCAUAACAGUGCCUGGUGCAUUACAGACUUCAUCAAAUUUCUUAAA